AUGGUCAAGUGUGAGCAAGCAUUCAUCAAGAAGGAGCUGCAGAUGGUUUCGACGAUCAAGCAGAGGCCGCGGCGUCAGCAACAGAUCAUAAAGAAGGAGAUCAUUGAGUCGGAGCUUGAGGAGGACUCUGAUGCCGACUCCAAAGUCAUGUCAAAGAUCAAGCGCAAGGAAAAGCAACGGGACUACGAGAAGAACAGACAAAGUCGCAUAAAGACGGCAACCAUCAGGUGCUUAGAGCUCGACAGCCAGCUGAAGGAGAUGACUUUGGACAGGGACUUCGCUCUCCAUCAAAUCAACAUCCUUCGCCAAAACCUGAAAGCCGCUGAGUCUAAAAUAACGGCCUUGCAGCUGAUGCUGCCUCUGGUGGAGUUCGAAGGUGAGCUGCGGGAGUGUCAGUUCGUUUCUUUCGUAUUUGUACUGAAAGUUGAUCCAUGGCGGACCUGGUUGGCCAUGCAGCCAUUGCUGCAUCCGGAGCACGAGGAGACGACGAGUAAGAACUGUGACAAGAAGAAGCACGGUGGCACGAAGAAGAAAGACAACCAGAAGAAGGCAGUCAUGAAGAAGGACACUCCCUCAGCGGCGGACAUUGCAGCGGCAGAGAAGGCUGCAGCGGCUUGGUUGGCUCGGCGGUCGGCGAAGUCGGUGUCAAAGAAGGCUGCAGCUGCAUGGUUGGCUCAGCGAAAGUUCCCCUGCAGCAGCGUCGCAGUCACUGGAUCUGAAGAGGCUGGCUGGCGCUUGUCUUCCGCCCAAUUGACGGAGUGGGAGCAAUCUUUGCCGCCAGACAACAGCCCGACACGCGGCAUGCGCGGCGACCUCUUGGAGGGCACGAUCAUUCAGACAGAAUGGGGUGAUGUGACCGAGUACAUGAUGCCGCCGUCUGGGGUCUUCAGCUUCCGGGCCCCGGAUGACACGAUCACUCAGCAUACAGGCGAAAAGUAUUACCACAGGUAUGUGCCGCACCUGCAACAGUGUUGGUACUUCGUGCCCGUCAUGCCGCCGGCUGAUGAUGAGAAUGGCCGUGAAGUCGGGGCCGUCGGGGACCCUCUGACGGGUGGCGUGGUGGCACAGCCCAGCAAGGGGCAACCGUGUGCAGAGUGUGGAAUCGUCAAGAAGAGGAAGCAGAUGCUUGUGUCCGACUCGGACGAACAUGGGGGCAUGAAGAUCUGCGUGGAUUGCAUGGCGGAGCUAAAGUUAAAAGCAGGGGAAGACGUUGACAUGGACGAGCUGAAGAAGGAGGCGAGGUGGCAAGCCCAGUCCGCCAACGCCGGAUUGCGCGUGGCAGCGUACCAGGAGGCCAUCAAAGCGGUACAAAGGAUGAAUCUUCCGAGUACGCAAAGGAAGAGGCAAAAGGCGCUCGUGUUCGCAAGCAGGUUGGCCAAGGCCAUCCAGGAUGGCAAGCUUUGGGAGGCCUUCAGCCGGGCAAACCAGCGCAUGAAAGCAGCGGUGGCAAUUCAUGAGAAGAUCCAGGAGAUGGAGAAGGCCCUCGAGAAGUUGCGCCCGGGCGAUGCUCCAUAUGAAGAGGCUCUGAGCACCCUGGAGAAGUUGAUGGAGGAGGAAGAGCAGGCGUAUGACUACCAAGUGUUCAAGGACCACCCUGAGCAGGACCGCAUGGUCAAGGCAAUGGACUAUGACGACCGAAUGGAAGUGAAUGAAGAUGGUGAAUGGUCCAUGGCGCUUUUCUACAUGUGCCGUGCCAAGUGUGGCGACGGCAAGACAUGCGGCCUCUACCGGGCAGGGAAGCUUUGGGACAAGCAAGGGUCCCGGUGGUAUUGCCGGCAGCACAAACCCAACUGGGAAAAGUACUACCCGGACAUCCCCUUCCCCGCUGAGUUGGGUUGUGGCGCACGGUUCGUCCCUUGGAAGAGGGGAGAAUCUAUGGUGCUGGAGUUCCCUGGGCCAGAUAAUUCAACACUGGCAAUGAUGGCCGACCUGAUGCCGGAGAUCCUCGACGACGAGGUCAAGAAGAACAAGACGGCGUGGUAUGAGGGGCUCAACAACAUGAGCCCGCAGCAACUUUACGACCUUGUGCCGGUCAUUGUCCCGAAGGUCUACGCCAUUGAAGGAUGCCCGCAGAUUGGGCGCUUCCCUGUUGACGAACAUAUCAACAAAAAAGAGCCGAAGCUCACUACUGCAGGCUGGUGGCGCCUCGCCCGCUACAUCAGCGAGAAGGACGGCAACCUAAACACGAUCCUGGAUCUCUGCGACAAGCACGACCCCGGAGGCAAACGAAGCCAGGCAUCGACCACGGGGUCCAGUGCCGCUAGCGGCAGUGAGCCUGUCGAGCUUCUCAUGCUACAAACUGGCCUUCCCUACAAUAGCUUUGUCAUGGUCAAGUGUGAGCAAGCAUUCAUCAAGAAGGAGCUGCAGAUGGUUUCGACGAUCAAGCAGAGGCCGCGGCGUCAGCAACAGAUCAUAAAGAAGGAGAUCAUUGAGUCGGAGCCUGAGGAGGACUCUGAUGCCGACUCCAAAGUCAUGUCAAAGAUCAAGCGCAAGGAAAAGCAACGGGACUACGAGAAGAACAGACAAAGUCGCAUAAAGACGGCAACCAUCAGGUGCUUAGAGCUCGACAGCCAGCUGAAGGAGAUGACUUUGGACAGGGACUUCGCUCUCCAUCAAAUCAACAUCCUUCGCCAAAACCUGAAAGCCGCUGAGUCUAAAAUAACGGCCUUGCAGCUGAUGCUGCCUCUGGUGGAGUUCGAAGGUGAGCUGCGGGAGUGA